AUGAAGCCAGAAUCUUCAAAUAGACCUUCUGUCCAUCUUACCUCAUCCUCAGCCAACCAGCUUCAACCUUCACAAGUACAAGAAGACUGGACUGAAGAGUAUGAAGAAAAGCAGCUAGACUAUGAACCAUCUGCAUAUGACCAGAAUGGACUCCUCGAAAUAGGAGAACAGGAAGAUUGGACAGAAGAAUUUGGGGAAGAACAGAUGGAAUACGAUGGAGAAUUAGAUGAAGAAACUGAGGCUUUUGGUGCAGAACUAGAAAGCCUGUUGCAAGGUGAUCUAGGCAUCAACAUGGUCUUCAUCUUGCCAGAAGAAUUCAGGGCAGCAGAAGGGCAAGAAAACACUUUAGAAGGAGAUGUUUUCUCCCAUGAAAGCUUUGAGUGCAGAUUGGAAGAAGUAGAAGAAGCACCAGAAUAA